CUUAGCGACACCCCUCGAUCUCUUUGCCUUGGCCGUCCAGAAAGACUACGCCGGUCCCAUCACGUUCAUGGACGUCAGUCCGUCGUAUUCCCAGCAUAUUUUAUUGGACAACGUGCUGCUGUUGGAAGGCGCUGUGGCAGCGAUGCGCGCAGGGUCGUUUGAAACCAAUCUUUUGGCAUGAUGGCGCACUACUGCUGGGUCGACCUCGACCGAUGUAUGUAUUGGCGCACACAGUCACGCGGCAGGCGCGAUGUCUUGUCAACGACGUGGACAACGCCGCUGUGUUCUUGGAAACAACGUCAACGACGUCAACAGCAACACCUACAUGUACACGGCCAUGCUAAACGCCAUCAUGUUUACGCCGGUGCAAGUGUACUUCUCGGAUGGACCGUCGUUUGUCCAGCGCAUCACAACAUUUCAAUGGCUUUCGACAACAGAGGAGGCGCGCUGUGGCGGUCGUUGGGGCCUUAUCUGGUGGCAAACGCAGCUGAAAAACUUUCGCGAACCCCAAGAAGUUGACGAGACCAUCCGGAUCACGGACGCGCUCGGGCGCUUUACAUCAACAAAAACCCCCAGACCGAUCGCCGGUCGAAUCAGUGAAAAUGCGGAUUCUGGAACGACGUCGUGUAGGGGUACAUGGAGGGCUUCUGCGUCGUGCUCAGCUCGGACGAGGUCGUCACGGUGCGAGAUAUCGAUUGGAAUUAGGACCUGAAUGCCGGGCGCGAAACCACCCCGGUGUUGACAUUGUUUCGGCAGUACAUUGGCCCAUACGACUCAAUUGACGUCAUGCUUGUGGUGCCUCCCCAGCCAUUGAUUUCGUUUCUGGUCGAAUUUCAACGAGACAUCGGAUGGUCGUCGUGCACCCGGUGCCAUCUUCGUGGUGGGACAUGGUGUACUUCGGAGGAAACACCGCUUGUGUCUACGGGGACCCGCACCCCCGUUUGUACAGGAAUCGUUUGGUUAUUAGGUCUGACGGAAGCAUCACUUGUGUUUGUAUGCAGUCCCCGCGGUUGUCUGAAUGCGAUACGAGUUGAAGAAAGCUGACGUUUAACGGUUAUGUGGCCAAGGUUUCUGCCACGAUAGAUGAGUCAAACUCGUACUUGCUGUAGGAAAGUAUUUGCGGCCGUCGCCAUGUUGACACAGCUGGCUCUGGCUUCGUCUGAAGCAUACAAGUCACACCACUCCGCGGAAUUCCCAGUUUUGUGGGCAGCAAUAAUGGCAACCAGAGUUCGAGCCAAGUCGAUGAGUAUGGUCAGGGGGUCUUGACUGCAUGUGUCGUAGUACCCGAACGAUUCCUAGACGUAGGAUAUCUGGACGCCGUACACACACAUGGGGUUGCCUCCGUAAAACGCCCCCAUGUUUGUCCACGAGGGGGGGACUGGGUCCACCACGACAUCCUCGGCGUUGUCCAUGACACGCGACAGCACGGCCGUGUCAACUGUCAAAAGUAAAUGAAUCAGUUGCAAUGGGGGCGCCACCAACUCAACGUCGAUCGAUUGAAUGGCUCAAUGAACUGCCGUACGGUGCUGAGGAUGGGGGUUUGGUCGUAGCCAAUAUCGAGGUCAGCAUCCCAGUCGAUUCCCUUUGCCACUGCGUUCGUGGGGGUGUUCAGAAUCAGGCUAAAGUUGUGUUGGAAGCCCCACCGUAGGUCGUUCCAGGCACUCGCGUACGCAGUCGACCAGAGAUUCAUGCCCCGGAACAACGUGGGUGUCUUGUUGAUUUCAAUGGUAGUCGACAUCCCGAGCGCGUUGACAAUUGAAAUCGGCUCGACGACCCCCAGCUCUCGGAUGUUUUGGAGCUGAGUUUUCCACCGAAGCAGACCAUGCGACUGCCACAAGUCAACUUCAUCCCCCACGGCCAGCCACGGCAGUGACGUCGACCGGACCCAGUCACCCCCAGAAUCGGCACAAACACGGUGCUGUGAUGUCCGACAUGUACUCGUGCGCGGAUGCUUCGCUGUCCCCACAUUGCGCAGCAGCGCUUCGAAGUACACGCCGGCGUUGUCUGCGUCGUUGACGAGACAUCGCGCCUGGCAUAGGAGCGUGUGCACCAUCUCGUAGCGCUGGUUAAAGUCUGCCCAACAGUACUGGGAAAACAUGCGCAUGUUCGCCCCAAAGUUGUUUGACCGCAUGGACGUCACCGCGGCUUGCAACGGGAUGUUAUCCAACCAGAAUAGCCGCGGAAACGACGGGCUGAUGUCCAUGAACGUGGCUGAGCCGGCGUAUUCUUUCUGGACGACCACAGCAAACAGAUCGAGGGGUGUCGACGGCGUCAGGGCUAAGCGGGCGUGGUAGACAUUCCCUAUGAACGUGUGCACCCCGGACGAAUUGAAGUGGGGCCGCCACAGGUCGUUCGAGGUGCUGGAAACAACCAGGGUGAUGUAGUAGAAGCUGCUCGCAAGUGUAGCCACCAAGUACAGCAGCCCUAGCCCAGUGGUACCCCGAAGGGAAUACGAAAAAAGAGGUCAUGACGGAUGAGAAGCUUCGCUAAUAUAGCGGUUGGCGAUGCCGUUUUGGUCGGAACGAAG